AACUUCUACCUGUUUUUAGAAUCCUCAGAUUUAGCACCCGUUUCAAGUGCUGUAACUCAAUGGGGAAAUUGAGGUUUGGCUGAGACCAUGCUAGGAUCAAGACCGCCGACGACGUGAGAUACAACUUGAAGAUGGAGCACAGCUACCAGGAUUCACAAGGAAUCUCCAACUACUUCAUCAGCUGAGCAUAAAGUUGUUACCGGAAAUAAACAUCACUGAAUGAAAACAAAUGAGUGGCUGAGUAUCAAGCGUAAACAAUGAGACUUGAAAUAUCUUAGUGUAUAUAACGGGACGAAUGAACGUCCCAACGGAGCUCUCACUCGCCUACACACUGACAGCGUCACAAAGAAGUCUACAAGAUUCAAUAUGCGUCUUUCUCAGCCUACAAAAGCCCUCUUUCUCUUGAUCAAUCACCUUGUUGCCGCGCACACACCUCCGAUUGCCAUAGCACCACCACAUCAAGUUCGCGGAUCUGGCAAAGUGCAAGCCUUGAAUAAUUUCAAGCCACGAGGUCAAGUAGACUAUGAUGCGGGUCUCGCCGCUGUCGGUCUUCUCUCAAGAGAAGAGAGCGCCAGUUGCGACCGCAAAGCCCGCUGCCGCAAGAAGAAGAUCCGCAACCCUUCCGACCCUACAAAGUGCAUCCGCUGCCCGCCACUAACGAAGCCCGACCCAACUCGUACAAUCUGUAUACGAGACAAAGAUGUAAGCGAAGACGACAAACGCAAACAAUACGAGGAGAAGAUCAAAGAAAAGAUCAAGGAGAAAGCGAAGCAGUUCAAAGAUAAGAUCCAGGAGCGUAUGGACAAGAAGAAAGAAGAGAAACAGAAAGAAUGGGAAAGGAAGGAUAAGGAGCGCAGGGAUACCCGGAACCAGAAGAAAGCUCGCCGUAUGGCAGUCUGCUUACCCCUUGUUGCCGCAGCCAUUGGCACGCAGGCCAUGUUAGAACUUGCCGAUGGUGGCUUCUCUACGGAUCUUCUUGAUAGUAUCGAUAUGGACCUUUUGGCGCUGUGGCCUGGCUCUGACAUCCCAGACGAUUUCAUCGACACAGGUCUCCCAGAUGACGAGAAGGAUAUCCUGGGGGAGGACUUUGCAGAUGAGUUUCUGAAAGUUGGCGACAUUGCAUCGGAGGCUGCUAGGCGCAGGUCUCUCGAGAACAGAGCCACCGAAACUACUCUUACUAAUAACGAUAUGCAAGGCAAGUCCCCUGAGCAGAAGCGCUUCCUCAACUUCAUCAUCCAAGCUUUUGUGUCCAUUGGAAUUGCCAUUGGUAGUGCAGCUGCGAGAAGUGCUGGUGCGAUUGGUAGUGCGGUUGCGCGAGCUACUAGGUUCUUUGCCACUCGCAAGCCAAACUUGAAGAAACCAGGCGAGUCCAAGUUGUCCAGACAGCAGCAGAAGGACAAGGCCAAAGAGGUUUCAAAGAAUAAGAAUUGGAACAGAUGCUUGAAGGGUCAAAAGGCCGAGAAAUGAUCCUGCACACUCUUACGUCUUGGUCCCUCUUCCCGCUUACAUUUUGUAUCUGUAUACUUCGGACCUCAAGAGGCUUGAGAAUAUUGGCGUAGAAUUUGAUUUUCCCGGAACCACUGUUUAUGUGCAAUGUUUAUCGUUUACUUUCCCGGUGUUAUCUCAUCUUAGCCCCAUUCGGCAUCAGAGAAUCUCUGAAUCGAUGGCAGGAUUGGAGAAGUGGUUGCAACAUCCCGAUCUCAUCCUCUA